AUGUCCCGACACCAGAAUGGACUUGCUGUCAAGCUACGUCUUUUUACGAACAAGCUGGCGCAGCAUGAAUUCGUCAAGGAGCUGCUGGCGCAGGUAGACGGCUUCAAGACGGCUUACGCAGCCUCCGAGGCCAGGGCGACGCGAUUCCACCAGGACCUCACCCGUGCCCAGGAGACGGUGGACGGCCUCAUCGCUGAGCUGGAUGGUGCGAAGUCUGCCUGCACCGCGGCCAAGGACAAAGCCGCUCAGGCGGUCGCCGAGCUGAGGGGCGCCCAGGAGGCCCUGGCGCAGACGGAGAGUAGGGCGGAGCAGGCGGACACAGCGGCGCAGACGCUGCAACAAGAGCUCGAGGCUGUGCAGGACGAGCUGCACCGCGCCACAAGGAACCACUCCACUGCGACGCGCGCUCUGGAGCUGCAGCUGCGCAGGCUGCAGGCCCAGCAUGCUGCGGCCACGGACGAGACCAAGAGCGCUGUGCGUGACCGUGACGCAAGCCGCGAGCAGCUCCGCAGCAUGCAGGAGCACCUCCAGCGCAUGGCCCUGCAGCGCGACGAGGCGCACGCAGCCACGACGGCCCUCGAGGACCGCGUUGACAUGGCCGUGGCCACCCGCGAUUUGGCGCGCAUCAAGCUCACAGAUGUGGAGGGCAAGCUCAAGCGGCAGCAGGAGGCUCUGGAGCAGGCGCUGCGCGAGGCUGCCAGCGCCCGUGCCGCACUUGCCGAGCUGCAGCAGGAGAUGAUGAUCAAGGAGGAUCUUCUGGACCAAGCCGCAACCGCCGCCAGCCAGCGCGCCGACGAGAUCCAUACGCUGCGGGCGCUGCUGGGGGACAAGGAGGGCGAGCUGGCAGGCAUGGGGGACGCCCUGGCCAGCAUCCACGCGCAGCACCACGAGGCCAAGGAGCAGUGCCAGCUGCUGACGACCCGCCUGCUGAAAGCUCAGGCGGAGCAGGACCGCGCAUUUCGGCUGGCCGUCACAACAAAAGACGAGCUGGUCAGUGUCCAGGCGGCCCUCGAUGACGCCAAGAUGCGCGUGACCGCGGUGGAGAAGGAGGCGGCCGACGCCAGCGGCGAGGCGGGGCAGCUGCAGGCGCAGCUGACAACGGAGCGGGCAGAGGCAGGCGCGGCUGUCGCUGCCCUGAAGUCCCAAGUGGAGCGCCUCCAGAAACAAGGCGUGGCCUACUUGAAAGUGAUCGACGCCCGCGAGGUAGAGAUCAAGACGCUGAAGGACUGGCGCGCCAGCGAGGUCAGAAUGAUGCAGUCGCAGCUGGACGCCCAGCAGGGCCAGCUGGCGUACAUGAGGAACAAGCUGGUUGACGAGAAGAGUCAAAACCACAACGCUGCGGCGCAGUGCGAGCGACUCGCGGCCGGCCUGCGCCAGGCUCAGGCCGCGCUGGACGCCGCCACGGCGCGCGUUGCAGCCGCGGAGGAGGCGGCGGCUGCCGCCAACAGCCAGGCGGGGGAGCUGCAGGCGCAGCUGGCGGCGGAGCGCGAAGAGGCCGGUGCCGCUGUUGCUCACCUGCGAUCGGAGGUGGAGCGGCUGCAGCGCGACAGCGCGGCCGCGGCAGGAGCCCUGGCAGCCUCAACGGCCCAGGUUGCAAAUUUGGAGGACGAGCUGUACGAGGCGCGAAUGGACUUGAUGGCGGAGGAGGUGACACACAAGUCCAUCACCGGGGCCCUGCAGGAAGAGUCGACAGAGCGCCUGCAAGGAGCCUCAGCGCACAUUUCCCACCUCGACUCAACAAUUGGCAAGAUCAGGGAGUCCCUCGCGACCACGCAGACAAUGCUGCAGACAAUGGGGCACACCAAUAGCGCCCUAGAGGAGGAGAAAACCAAGAUUGCUGCCUCCCUUAAGAAGACGGAGGCCCAGCUGCGGUCCCUGCGGGGGCAGCAGCAGCACCUGCAGGCGCAGGCGGGGGAGCAGGUGGCCGCCAUGCACAGGAAGCUCACAGACGCCGAGGCGGCAGCCCGCAGCAGGCAGCAGUCUGAGCAGGCGGCGCGCCGGGAGAGGGAUGGCGCCUUACAGAAGGCCGAGCGCCUCGAGGCCGAGAAGCGCAAGGGCCUGCGCCUGGCCUCAGCCGAGAGCGCCGAGGAGGCGCGCCUCUGGCGGCAGGCGCAGGCCGAGCAGGCUGAGCAGCAGCAGGCGGACCAGGCGGCGGGGCUCAAACAGUCGGAGGAGACCUGGAAGCUCAAGUUCACCGUGGCGCAGCUGCGCGGGCAGCUGGCCAAGGCGGACCCGGCCGCCCACCAGGAGGUGGCGUCCCUCGAGGCGGCCAAACAGAAGCUGGAGCGCCUGCUGGCGGACGCGCAGGCGGAGAACGUCGACCUCAAGGCCCGCGCCAAGGCGGCCACGCUGGCGGCGGCGGAGGCGGUGGCAGCGGCCGAGGAGCCGCGCGUCAAGGGCGCCCCCGCCAACGCCGUGCGCCGCGCCGUGGGCGAGGCGGCCGCCAUCCGAGACCAGCUGGCGGCGUCCGAGGCGGAGCUGAAGGAGCGCGACGCCACCAUCAUUACGCUGAACAAGGCGCUGGAGGCGCGGGCGGGCGAGAUCCGGCGCCUCAAGGCGGGCGGCGCCGAGGCGGCCGCCUGCGCGGCGCUCAGGGCGUUGCUGGCGGAGGCGGAGGGGCGCUGCGCGGCGCUGCUAGAGGAGGUCAAGAAGACCGCGGCGGAGCGGGACGCCCGCGUGCCCAAGCACCUGGUCCGCGACGUCCUCAGCGCCGCCGCCACCGAGGUCGCGGAUGAGGUCACGCGGCCGCUGCUGGGCUCCCUGACGCCGCAGCAGCUGCAGGCGGUCGAGGCGCGGUCGGCUGGCUGGUUCGCCAAGCUGGCGGUGGCAGACGCCUCGGGCCUUCGCGGGUCCUGGAAGCGCGGGGCGCUGCAGCAGGCGGCCGCCGCGGCGGCGGGCGCGGCGGCGCAGCAGCGGGCCCCCGGCGCGCCACGCGCGUCGUGGGACAGCGCCAGCGACGGCGCGGACCAGGCGCCCGCCGCGGCGGCGCGGAGCUCGCCAGCCAAGUUCGCCGUGGCGGCGCCGCCCUCGCCGACCAAGGUCGCCGAGCGCAGCCCCGGCGGCGGCGGCGGCCCGGCGGUCGUGGGCGCGGCCAUCCGUGCGGCUGCACAGGUGGCCCUGCUGAAACUGGACGAGCGCCUGGCGGAGGAGCUGCAGCUGUAG